AUGACCAUGGAAUUCUACCAAAACAGCAGUAGUAAUGUAAGCACUGCCAACUCGAUCAUCACACUAUGUCACAACGUCGAGGUCCACAUUACAGAGAAUACUUUGGAAUCUGUAAUCUCUGAUACGGUCUGCUGUUUCAUCAACUUAUUCAUGGCCAUCAUAUCCUUGUGUAGCAACGCUUUGGUGGUGAAAGUCUAUUUAAAGCUUACCUCCG